UCUUCCUCAGCUCACUGCCAAGGUGACGCGCCGCGCGCAUUAAAAUAGUCCCGAACCUCCACUGGGCACGCGGGCGGAUUCUGGGGGGGGUUUGGUAGCGCAACAGAUUUUUCUCCUCAACAGGAGCAACUUGUGGACUAAGAGAAGUUCUGCCUGCUCAUCCAGAACCCGAACCUCGGUCCCGAACCUCGGACUAGCGGUGGAUUAUGAGUUCUGGCUCAGCCAACUGGUAACCGGUGCUCGCGCACGGUCGACAUCAUGCAGCAUCCUCUGGACAUGGGGGCGCAUUUCUAUCCUCCAGAAGUCCAUCCGGACCACAGGACUCACCGGUACCGGAGCUUCAUGAUCGAAGAGAUCCUGACGGAUCAUCCGGAGCACAAACCGGCCGGAGAGCUGCUCAAGUUCGGGGUUCAGGCUCUUCUGUCCGCGCGGCCCUUCCACAGCCAGCUGGUGCUGAAAGCCGACCAGACGAGCCUGCUCAAGUUCCCCAUGUCGCCCCUGUCCUGCUCGCUGGGGCCCCCGCUCUUGUCCGCGGCCCCGGGCCUGCAGGUCGGCGCCGCGUCCCACCACCUGCCGCUGGACCUGCACCUCCGCGGGAAGCUGGAGCACGGACCCGACGGAGGCGGCAAGACUAAGAAGGGCCGCCGGAGCCGGACCGUGUUCACCGAGCUGCAGCUCAUGGGCCUGGAGAAGCGCUUCGAGAAGCAGAAGUACCUGUCCACACCGGACAGGAUCGACCUGGCCGAGUCUCUGGGUCUCAGUCAGCUGCAGGUGAAGACCUGGUACCAGAACAGGAGGAUGAAAUGGAAGAAAAUCGUCUUACAAGGAGGAGGUUUGGCGUCUCCCACCAAACCGAAAGGCCGUCCAAAGAAGAACUCCAUCCCGAGCAGCGAGCAGCUUUCCGAGCAGGAAAGAUCUGCAGAGACCGAGGGCUCUGGUUCUCCCCCAGAGACCACCCAGGAGGACUGACCUGGACUCAGACUCACCUGGACUCAGACUCGCGUGGACUCAGACUCGCGUGGACUCAGACUCGCGUGGACUCAGAUAUGGGACUAGAAGCUGUGGAAGGCCAGCAGGACGGUCUCCCUGUGAGUUCCAAACCGCAGACGGAGCCACGUUUGUGUCUGAUCAGGACCUAGAAGCUGAUGAGGAGGAAGCGGGACCCGCAGGUUUUUAACUUCGCUUCUUUUCUGUAACUCUGUUUAAUUAUUAAAUAUUUUUUCACUACUGCUCUUCUUCAUUUAUCACGAGGACGUUCACAUGAGGCCUGAAAAUGCUUCGGUGGUUCGGGCGCUGCAGGGAGGCGUUCAGGGACCUGAUUCUACUCUGGAAAUAUUCAAAGCUGCGCUAAAGUUUCUGAGAUUUAACUGCAGAGAAAAAUUCCAUUAUCUCAUGAUUUCCAUAACCAGAGUUUUACAUUAUUAUCCAAGUUAAUGCUUGUUUUUAUUGCGGAUUAAUUCUGUAAAGUUUUAACUGACCGAUUAAAAAAAUCUUCAUUUAUUUUUGAAGUAUUGGGAGGGAAGCAGCAUCUUAAUGAAAGUGAGGCUGCUGCAGCGUUUUUAGAUGUUUACAGAAUAAACAUCAUGUUGACUUUAAUAUUUCACAUGGAUUUAUAUAUUUCAGUUAAAAAGGUUUUAUAGACACAAGAGUCUGAAUUAACGAGAUUCCGAGAAAAAUAAUAAAAGUAACUGAAGCUUGUUUUCAGUUUAAUUUCUUUACUGUUUAAUAUUCAUCUUUAAUCCGAUUUAAAUUAACAUGUAAACGAGACCUCAUUCAGGAAAACUCGGGAAAUCUGUUUAAACCCAAAUCGUUGCCGUUUAGUUUUAAACAAAUAACGCAGAUAGAAAAAAGGUUGUUUUUGCGCUUUUUAAAAGUGGAAAAGCGCCAGAUCGACUCGUCGCAGCACGCGCCUGCAACCAGCGCCGCAGUCCGCUCUGCGCGCGCAUUUUAAAGAACUGGCGCAGUUUGGCGGGAAAAAGUGCACUUUGUGGAAAUAAUGACGUUUAGCUGCAGCCUGGAAACAUGGAACCAGGUCUAUCUAUCUAUCUAUCUAUCUAUCUAUCUAUCUAUCUAUCUAUCUAUCUAUCUAUCUAUCUAUCUAUCUAUCUAUCUAUCUAUCUAUCUAUCUAUCUAUCUAUCUAUC